GACGAUUGUCAAGUGAAGUUGACUGACUUUGGGAUAAGUAAACACAUGGAUGAAUCGUGUGAAGACAAGUGGUAUGGGUCUGCCCCUUAUAUGUCCCCCGAAGCCGUUUUAAAAUCGAUGAAAUUGACUCCAAAGAGUGAUGUGUGGUCGUUAGGGAUUUCAGUGAUUGAGAUGAGAGAGAAGAAGCCACCGUAUGAAGAUUUAAUGACAAUGCGAAUUCUCGAGUUGAUCAAAAAGCACCCCCCACCCACUUUUAAAAACAAAGAAGAGAACAGCGAAGAAAUCACCAAUUUUGUUGCGUCGUGUCUCGUCAAAAAUCCGAACCAGAGAGCGUCAAUUAAAGAUUUGAAGAAACACCGGUUCCUUCAAAUUCCAGACGACAAUCAACCAAUCCUUAAUUUGUGUGUUUCAGUCUACCAAACAAGGUACCACUACAUGCCCCAAAUAUCAAUAUUCCCAGACAACAAAUUUGCGAUUAAAUACAUUGACAAAGACGAUGAAAAUAGAGCAGCAUCAGAACAAAUUCGACAAUGUUUCUCAUCCGUCAGACAUCCAAAGCAACAAGGAGAGUCAAUCAGGCAUGACAACUCUAUUAACAGUUAUAACGUAAACUCUGAGGUGAUGAACGAACAAAUCCGAUUGAUUGAAAAGCUACAAUCGGACAUUCUCGCACUGAACGAGAAGGUUCUAAGCCUUCAAGAGAACUUUGCGUUGUAUACUAAAGAGAAGAUGGAAGACAAAGUGAAGGAGUUGGACAACUACAAACAGUUAGUGAAAGAGUGGACCAAAGAUGUGGUAGAGAACAUGGUGCAGAAUAUGAUCGAUGACAAACUGCAUGAUUUUUUGUUUGAUGGAUGUGAGAGUAGUAGUGGGGAUGUGUCGCCAAGAGGAGUUUGUACCCCCGGAAGAAACGUUGAGAGUAAUGAAGUGUCGAGAGACUCUUCGCCGAAACUGGAAGAGUUUUCUCCGAGGACAAGAACACUCAAAAAGGAGAACAAGAAGAGUUUCAAUUUAUCUGUGAAAGUUCCUAAAGACAUCAUAGGUAUCACUCCACGUAUUAAAACAAUGAGAAAAGAUGACAUGUUUGAGAGUCUUGGCAGAGGGCGGAAGAAAAGCACGAGUUUCAAUGGGAUGCGGCACCGGUCCGACUCUGCUGAAGACCGUUGGAUGAGUAGUCGUAGGCGGAACACACGUAGUAUGCAUGAGCGUAAUAGCGAAUUUGGGUCAUUCAAGAAGUCACUUGAAUUGAACUAUAGUAAAGCAGAAAACCAGACUAAAGACAAAGUGAGUUUGCAACCACUUGUCCCAUCAAAUUCUUUGAAGAAGAAAGAGCGAGAACCAUCCCCAGUACUCUCAAAUAAGUUCACAGAAAAUACGCCAAGGCUGGAGAGUAUCCCAAUCUUACGAUCUACCUCGCCAAAGCCUGAUAACAAAAUAGUUGAACGACCGAUAGCACAAAGGUCAAGUUCUCCACAAUUGGUAAGAAAGCAAGGGUUAGGGCCACAAAGCGUGACGACAUCGCAACUUGGUCCGACAAGUGUGAAACGGCUUGGGUUUGAUGAAGUGGCCCCAAAGUCAAAUAGCGUCUUUACAAGUGCUGUCACAAAAAAUAAGAGUUCUGUUAACUUGAGCCAACUCGAACCAGAAAACACAGACAAGGACAAGUCUGUUGAGAAGAACAAAAUACCCGUUUCAAUGCUCAGCAGCACAUCUCUCUACGAUAAAGUACAAAAACAAUCUCCGACAAAUUCGAUGAGGGGGGUAUCAUCCCCACACUCGUCGACAUCGAGAAAAGACACGAUCCGGAAAGGGCCAAUGAAACAGAAAAGGUUCUCGCGACAAAACUCAAAGGUGUUAGGACAUUCCGCACACCCAUCAGUGUCAAAGCCACUGGACCAAGACACCGAGGCUAAAGUCAUGAGUGUUUUGCGCUUUGAAGUUGCGAAAGCGCGGUGUGCCAUAUGUGAAAUGGUUCCCUCAAACUAUGAAAUUCUACGGACGGAGUUGAUUGAUGAAAUUGAUCGGAGGAGUAAGGUGUACAAAUUCAAUAACAUUGUUGGGGAAGAUGUACCAAUGAAGAUCCACCAAAUGGAAGAAAAAAUUAACGAGCUUGAUAGGAAGGUUGUGGACGUUGACAUCCACUUGAGUCAAUUCAGACAGGAAAUACCAAAGUCAAUCAAUGAGUUCAGAAACGAACUUUUUGAGGCUUUACAAAAUCUUUGA